AUGUCAUCCCGACUCCCCAUCGAUACGUUCCCCGCAUGGGCUCGUCUCAACGACGUUCGUUUCACGCACGUCAAGCUUCAGGAUGUAGGCGAGGGCAAGGGGUUCGGGCUUGUUGCGCAUUCGGAUCUGCAAGGUGCUGAAGCGGAUGGCACGAGCGAAGGACUUGUCAAGAUUCCUCACGAUCUGGUGCUAUCUGCCGAGGCCGUGGAGGACUUUGCCAAGGUUGACCAGAACUUUAAGCAGUUACUUGAAGCAGUGGGACGACAAGCUGCCCUGGAAGCCAAACUCCUCUCUUUGGGCAACGAGUUUGACACGCUGCGUGAGAUAUCCGAGGAUUUUCCAUUUUGGAACGAGUUCCUGUGGAGCGGCGAAAGGAUUUGUCUGGAGGACUGGGUAUUAGCUGAUGCUUGGUACCGUUCGAGGUGCUUGGAGCUACCACGGUCAGGAACCGCCAUGGUCCCGGGACUUGAUAUGGUGAACCAUUCCAGCAAAGCAACAGCUUAUUACGAAGAAGACGACAAUGACCAUGUUGUGCUUCUCAUCCGCCCGGGAUGCCAAGUUCGCAGCGGCGAAGAAGCCACAAUCUCCUAUGGCGACGCUAAGCCGGCUUCUGAGAUGCUCUUUAGCUACGGAUUCAUCGACCCCAAUAACAUUGUGGAAAAGCUGACACUGCGCCUGGAUCCAUUCCCAGAUGAUCCCUUGGCAAAGGCAAAAUUGCGAACGUUCAACGGCGGACCGACCUUGACAAUCUCACGAAAAGACACGGAAGGUUCGCAGGGAGCGUCUUCAGUCGUAUGGCGCUCACCGUUUGUGUACUUGAUGGUCCUCAAUCAGGAAGACGGCCUGUCGUUCCAACUGCUCCAAGAUACUGCAGGGAACAGACAGCUAAGACUCUUUUGGCAAGGUGAAGAUGUGACAGAUCAAGCGGACGAUUUCGAGACCCUCAUCCAGGGCCACGAUCUCUGUCCGGUAUUUAAACUCAGGGCUGUUACCGUGUUGCAUGAGAAGGUCGGAGAGCAAUUGACCCGAAUUAGUCGCGGCCCAUCAGACAAUGAGCUAGAGCCCCUGCAGGCGGCUGGCUUGCUGAGAGCGGAAUGCAUAGCAGCCGCAAGAAUAUUGAAGGACGUGGAAAGUAGAUUGUUGGCCCAUGCGUUGGAGGCGUUGGAGAAUGAGAGGACGAAUCUUCUUGCGGACGACCACGUGGUGGCAUAUCUCGGAUCGAAGGAAGAUUUCCCAAUCGGGCAAGAAGAGCAAGCCACGGCAGCCAAUGACGACGCAGACGACUUUAGUUGA